AUGGUGAUCAGCUUUAUUUUCUCCUGGAUGCUGCAGAUCCUGGCCUGUAUAUUCAUCUGUCCCUUCCUUCCUUCCUGCAAAGAGCGUCUCCUCUUGCUCGGUUGGAUUUUCCGUUCGGUGUCUUCGCUUGUCAUCCGUCUAAACCCCUACUGGCACCUACGCGUGCUGGGACCACGCCCGACACGCCCUCCCUCCAAGACCUUGAUCAUGUGCAACCACCUAUCCAAUGCAGACGCCUUCUUCCUCUCCUCGGCCCUUUUGCCUUGGGAAACCAAGUAUAUCGCCAAGGCGUCGCUCUUUCAG